AUGAAACUGUUGUCAAUCGUUUCUGCUCUGUUGGUUAGCUACAGUUCAUAUGUCCAAGCAGUGGACAAGAAGGACCUAACUGGUACAUGGUCUUCUAAAUCUAAUCAAGUUUUCACAGGACCUGGGUUUUAUGAUCCUGUUGAUGAAUUAAUCAUAGAACCUUCAUUACCAGGAAUUUCUUAUUCAUUUACAGAGGAUGGCCAUUGGGAAAUGGCAACCUAUUUAGUCAGUGGAAACCCAAAGGAUCCGACAUGUCCGUCAGCUGCAAUAACGUUCCAACAUGGUAGCUACGAUUUAUUGGAUAAUGGUACGCUAAUUCUAAAUCCAAUCGCUGUCGAUGGUCGUCAGCUGGUUAGCGAUCCAUGUAAUGACAACGGUGUUUCAACUUAUAACCGUUAUAAUCAAACCAUAAAUUUCCACCACUUUUACACUCAGUUAGACGAUUAUCAUGGGAUGUACAAAUUACAACUAUUCCAGUUCGAUGAAUCGCCUCUACAACCAUUGUAUUUGGCUUACAGACCACCAAUGAUGUUACCAACUGAAACUUUAAAUCCAACCGAGGCUGCUACCUCUGAUAAUGCAAAACCUACUGGUAAGCAAAAGAGAUCACUCAGGGAUACUGUUAGACGUAAUUUAGAAAACAGACACAGAACAAAUGCAGUUAAAUCAAAACCAAAGAGCAUUCUAAACUCAGACUUAGUUUGGUACCUAAGUGCUGGUAUGAUUGGUGUGGGAUCCGUGGUAUUUUUGUCAAGUUAG